GCUUCGUUCCGCUUAUCAAACUGCGCCCGAAAGACGGGUAGACGAGAGCUCUUCAAUAGGGCAAUAAUAACAAUCAAUUCGCAACCAACCAGCCAACAAACCCGCAGUCAAGGGCUUUCGCUUCGCCAAUUUAUCGCGCAAUAGUGCAGAAAUAGAAAUGACGCUUCGGGAAAACUCCUCCGGCCACGAGAUACCGCCGAGCCGGAAGUACUCUGUGUCGCACUCCGGACGGUUCAAAUCGCGACCGAAGAUUCGGCCAUCGCUCAGUGGAGACGUAUUCCGACCGGAACCGCAGGUCAACGCUGGCGGAACCGUACCCGAUUCAGAAUUCAACCGAACCGAAGAGAAGACACUCUCCGCAGAAGAGGAUAUUGUCGUUCAAAGAGCGGUUGAACAACUGGACAGCAUCAUUGGUGAUUGUGAUGCGGAGAAUCCCCCUACUCAGAAGACAACGCGUCAACCACAUGGACGCCGUCCCUCGAGUCAUGCUUUCCAGCAAAAACAGCAUCAGCAAUCGACGAGGGAGAUUCUGGAAACGUCCUUGUGAGAGAUCAUGGUUCAAUUGACUUAAGAUUAACUUCAGAAGCAAAAGAACCGAGAUGACCGAUACAAACUAUAGCUUAUCUGUGAUGUAAUGUGUAUGUGUUUUAGAGGACUUUGUUUGCACCAAGCUUCCACAAUUAAUUACUCUGGGGUUUUUGAAAUGGGUUGUGGUUGUAGUGUUUACUUAAGGUACCUGUAAGUGUUUGAUUAGUAUAGGAAUAUUUGUCUGAGCACUUUAAAUAUGUUGAAUAAACAGUGAUUUAAUAGUUAUGAAAUGAUUGAA